AUGCGUCGGUAUCCAGCAUCUUUGUUGUUCGUUACAGUUUUUAUGCAUAAAGAGAGUUUUAGUGUCUGGAUCUACUUGGCCAAGGAAGUGCAAUUUCAGCCCGAAAGUAUUUUGGACAAAAAUUUAAUAUUGCUUAACGUGUACUAUUUUAUGAUUUGCGAUAUUAUGCUAGUUGUUAUUCACUGCACGCUUUUUGCUUCUUUUGCUAUAUUGGCAACACAAGCCAAAGCAACGGCCAAGCCAGGAACAAAUGCCUCAGCUUCUAAUGCAAACAAUGAUUUGAAAUUCAUUCGCAUCCACUUAAGCAUACUUCCUGCCAGCAGUGAUAACAGCAACAGCCCUCAUCGUGACUCCGUAACCACAGGUUUGGGAACGCCGGAGAAAAGCAGUGGCAGCGGUAUCAACAGGAAGGACGAUAAACACAAUAAUACAGCGAAGUUUAUUCGCAUUCAUUUUGGUCGGCCAUUCGAUCUUCGCAAAAACGACAGCAGCGCCAAUCAAAACAGUGGUGGAAAUAAAAACGAUAAUCGCGCUCAUCCCAGCAUUCCAGUCACUGAAAGCAGUAUCAGAAGCGGCAAUAUCCUUUCCCGCAAUCACACUGUUGCCAAGCCCGUUCGCUAUUACAUGGGCUUGCCGUUCUAUGAUUACAGCAAACAAAAGAAUGCACCAAAACAUUUAACUCAGCUCUAA